GGGAUUCACAAACCAAAUAAAGCCGUUUACGAAUGCUUGCACCGUAAAACGAUUAAACUGAACAAGCCAAUACGUAUUCAAUGUUCGCUACACUACUGGCAUUUGGCCUAACGCACUCCUUUGUUUACUGUGAAGAACUUUUUGCGGAUGUGCGUCUUUUCUCGUCAAGGAUAGACGAAUAUGCAAGGACAAAAUGUGAUCUGCUGAUUACACGGUCACCGGCACUAUGGAACAACGGAGCUUUUCGAAAUUGUCUUGCUGGAUUACCCAUCGAAAUAGAAGAAGGUGGCUUCAUCACACAGUACAUGGUUACAGUAAACACGACGAAGAUCAAAAAUUUUGCGAAAAAUGCAAACCGUGUCGACAAAUUCGCAAUCAUAAACCGUAGAUUGAAUUCGGAUGGACAUGGCUGUGUAACUGUGACGGGACCAAACUGGGAUAAAGUUUUGGACGGAUUUGUGACCAGAUACCCUGUGGAAAUUCAUCUCAACACGACAGCACUUGACCAAGACUUAAAUUGUACUACUAUAAUUAGCAACAUACGAAAGGUAUCCCCGUUGUUAAAACCAAUUGACUGUCAACACGAAGCGACCCAUUUCGAAACUGCACAAAUGUUCCACCACCGAUUUGAGGUAAAGAUGCAAAUGCCUGACAUCAAUGAUCGUCCUGUAACCGAGACGGCAAUACUACACCUGCUUGGGAUACAACGUAUGCUGGAAAUCGGGCGAAGCAAUUGCACACCGAUCAGUGUACCCAUUUAUGAUUCCAAAGCAAAAAUCUGGAAUUUCGCAAUAGUGCUCAACGAAAAUCAAGCGGACACAAUUAACUGUAGUACGAUCCGUGACCGCUCACCGUGUUUGCCUAAAUCCUGUGAGUUGGUAAUAUUUCCUGGCUACACGGGUCCUCAGCUCCUUCAUGUGAAAUUCGAGGCCCGACAUUGUGGUCAACAGCUUGGUCCCGCGGAGAACAGAGAAGCAGCGUUUCUGUUCAAUUGGUUUUGGAAUCGGGUGAAUACAUGGUGUCCCAUCAUCUGGUAUGGCAAAACCAAGGACGCAUUUGAGCAAGCCGCGCUGGUCUCUGGCCCUUCAAACGUGGAUGUGUGCCAAGAGGCGAAGAACCACACACAAUACGGUGCUCACAGUUGCGAGGAAAUUCAGAAGGAAAACAGGAUCUCGGCUAACAAAGGUCAACGGACAUUUCGCAUGCGUCUAGAGGAGCCCAUCUAUCUGGCCAAUAUUCCAUGGCAUAUGAACGAACACAGUAAAUUUGUGCACUACUUGAACAGCCGCGGUUCAAAUUGCAAAUUCAACGGAUAUGGUCAUUUGAAUAAAAGUGAAUCUAUUCGUGAAGUACCAGGACACACAUCAUCGUCCCGGUUUCUUUAA